AUGUACAUGGUACGGCCGUCGUUCAACAGCACCGGAUCAAAGCACGUCGAAGUCUUACACGUUGAUUCGCUCGUCCGAGCCGCCCAUCUCCUCCCCUUCUUCGGAGAGCAACUCGUACCUAAGGAGAUGACUUGCCAUCAGUCUCUAGAUUCAUUUGAGCUUUUCUACGUUAACCGAUAUGCCGACCACCAUGCAUUCGAAAUUGCCUAG